AUAUACUAUGACAUUUAAGUAGAAGGAUAAGGUCAAAAAUAAACUUCAUUUCUGUUAUGAUGAGACAUUUCAUACUUCUUACACUUUCCGUGGCCGUGGUCUAUGGUCAGUGCCCAGACGGCUGGAUACAUCAUGGUCAGUCAUGUUAUAGACUAAGAUUUGACACAGAGACUUGGAUAGAUGCAAAGGUUGUUUGCGAGUUGGAUGGGGCAUACCUAGCAGAGAUUGGUGAUGAGAAAGAAAACACGUUUAUUCACGGGCUUGUUACAGAUAAUAAAGGAAUAUGGAUUGGCGGGACAGAUUUAUCGACCGAAGGUGAAUGGAUAUGGAUAAACUCCCAUUCAGAUAUGACGUACACAAAGUGGCGACCAACAGAACCAAAUAAUAGUGGACAUGAUGAGAACUGUCUUGAAAUGGAUACACAUGGUCUGUGGAAUGACCGGCCGUGUCAUUACAUACAGAAAUAUGUUUGCGAGAAAACAUUACAAAAUCAGGAAAUCAUUGGUUGACAAAUGUGGACUGGUUUGUUAAUUGAUUGCACUGUUAACCAAAAUAAUCAAAUAAAAUAAUCAUUAUUCUGA